AUGGGCAGCAACUCGCGGUCCAUGGCCGACCUGGCCAGACAAUUGGUACUGGCCCUUCAACCCGACCUAGGAGAGGGGUCCUCCCAGCUCGAGACGACCACCCGACACGUCGUGUCCGAGUUGAAGGCCAACGCGCACGGAGGCCUCCGGACAGAAUGGGAGGACUUUGCUCGUAUAUGUGUCGAGGAAGAUGUGGCGGACGCGUACGACAAGCUCGUGGGCAAGCUCGAGCACCAUCGACGAAGAGGGGGCACGACCUGGGACGACAACAUGCCCUUACACACGACCAACAUUCCCCAGCAUAUCCAGCUCCUGUUAGCUUUAUCUGGACCUAUCGUCCCCAAGACACGCGAGCUUGCCCAAGAAUAUCUGACACGGCCACCCCAAGUGCCAGAGUCCGACCUGCGGCUAUACGAGGAGAUCAUGGCCGAGCCGUUUGAAGGCGACCAUUGGGGUCCAGGUUACGACGAGGAAGUUAUGGAAGGGUGGACCGAGAGUGAGGACUCGGAGGGUAACACGACUGCGACAGAGGAGGAGGUUGUGACCCCGGCCCUCAAGACUCCGCGCUACAGGUCUGCGGCGGCCGACGCUGCUCGGGAGGCUGAGCUUCGUCGGCGUGCCGAGGAGGAACAAAGGCUGCUGUUCGCAAAGCUUAGCCUUCGCGAUUUGGGCGCUAACGCUUACUGGAAGAGCGGCGGGUGCGAUGUUCCCAUUCGUGACGACCUACAUGGUUGGCGGGCUUUGUCGUCUGCCGCCUUGGAAGGUAUCUUGAAGGACUUUGCCGCACGUGCGACCCAGGCGGCUAGUUUGCGGGCUUUUGUUGGCGAGGCACUCGCCGCUGGUCCCUCCUCCUGGCGUUCUCAGCGGUCACCUGGUGCGUCCGAGACCCGAGAGGCCUUUGCGGAGGCAUGUCGUCUGGUUCUCAACAAUCUCGGAACAUGGAUUGCCGACCUCGAGAGCGCGUUCAUGGGCUCUGGCAUAUCCACUUCAACUGUUGUCCCCGGUGCCAUUUCAACGACAUUGCUCCUGCAGCUGGAGCUUACCAACAAGUUUGGCGACCUCCUGGACCACCUGUGCGACCUCAUCCCGUUCACGUCGUCGGCAAACGGACUUCUCAACGCCAUCUACGGCGCGAUCUGCGCUCCGACCUCCCUUCUGUCGCGUCCUGCCCUCGUGGACAUCUUCAUUCGGUCUGCCACCCCAAUGUGGCGAUUACUAGGAGAUUGGCUGGUCGGUGGAAUGCCUGUCCCGGACAGCCUGACGUGUGGCGACGCGGACAUUGCCCUCCAGGGUUGGGACGACGAGCGGCCACUGAAUCCCGAGUUCCUUAUCCAGCGUGACCGCGACUCGUCGUGGUCCGAUGAGGACUUUUGGGAGGCGGGUUACGUUAUUGACGAAGAGGGGUGGCCCGCUUGGCUGCAUGGUACGCAGGAGAUGGUUCUCGAAGGUGGAAAGUCACGAGGACUACUGCGCAGCUUGUCCACUGCCAACACCGAAACUGGAGAGUGGCAGGCCCUGGAAGCCAUUAUCGACCCCUUCACUGCCGACAUUCCCCACGCACUGUCCGAGUAUCUCACACCAUUCUGCAAGAACAGCCAAAACCUACUCGGCGAGGUGCUUGAAUGGGACUGCGAGCUCCAGAAGCACUUGCUGGCCAUUGACGCUCUCACCCUCAUGCGCGGCACCGUCGUCGUCGAUGACUGGGCAGAGUGGCUGUUUGAUCAAAUGAGAACCGGCAAGCCGUGGGCCGACUUUCAGCUGCUUACCCACUCCCUUCGUGACGCUAUUGAGUCGCAUGGAGCUCAGUGGAUGAACCCUCAUGCCGUGCGUGCGCGGACGUUGCGAGGGCAAGGCAAAGCAACCUUGGUCGAUAUUCGCGUCGACUAUCUGGUCCCCUUCCCCCUCUCCCAGCUGUUUACUCCAACCGCCAUGGACCUGCGCUCGGAUGUUUUCACCUUCUUGCUACGCGUCCUGCGAGCGCGCAAGGUUCUCCUCAAAGCGAGAGUGCUUGCGGAGACACGCGCAGGAGGGCGACCUGAGGAGCUCUCGCAGUUGAGACGGCUUCGACACGCCACAGCCUGGGUAUUGGACACACUGUGGAUAUGGGUGAACGACGUCAUUGAGAUCCGUACAGGACGCCACCGACAACAUAUGAGUCAAGGAGCUUCAUUCCAGAGGUUGAUUAGCUUUGAGCUGGACCAUGUCCGCGAGCUGCGUCGUUUCUGCUUUCUCCAUGCCGAGACCUCGUCCACCUUGGAAGCCGUGGAAGCUAUCGUCGACCUCAGCGAGGACCUGUUGCGCGUUGCCACUUCCACACAAGGAGUGGCGCGGCCAGUGUCAUCUCCCACUCGGCCGCGCAGGAGACGCAGUCGGCACCAGGACUCGGACUCUGAUGACUCGGACGAUGACGCAGAUGACGCCCUUCUGCCUCAGGACGACGCCCGGGAAGGUGGCUCGCCACGGACGCCACAACUCGAUCAGAUAGCAGAAACGUUGAAAGCAAGCGUCCAUCGAUUCCGCCAGGGUGUUGACGCGCUUGCUGCCCAGGGUGGAAUGGAGGCAGCAGAUGUGAGGGAUACGUGGGGGAUGCUUGUAUUCGCGUUGGGGGACUGGAAGGAGCCACAGUUGUAG